UUCAUACUGUAGUUUACGGUUUUAAUGUAAUAUAAAUAUAUACAAUUGAUGUACGAAGUACAUUGGAUUUAAAAAGAAUUUAUCCGUAUUACAACAAAUGUUUAGAUGUGCUUCAACCUCUAAUUAAUACAGUCACAAACACUAUUGAAGCCAGAUUAAAAUUUUCUAAAGACAAAAUGAUGUCAAUUGGUCGUGGUCGUGGUCGUGGUCGUGGAUGGGCCCAAUGUGAUAAAGAUCCAUUAUCUAAACCAGGAAAGUUAUUAUGUUCUGAGGAUAUCGAUUUUGCUAAUCUUAUUAAUAUUAUCGAUCAUAUCACUGUGGAAAAUUUGGAAGAACAAACUAAAAAAUUUGCACAGCUUUGCACAGAAGACCAUUAUGAAGAGAUAAAUGAUAAGCUUUAUGAACACGCUGUGAACAAUAGAGAGUUUGGUAUGAAAAUAAUUCUACUCUAUUAUAAGAAUCUUACGUUUAAAAGCUCUCUAUGGAAACUUUUAAUAAGUAAGAUGCAAAAUCAAUAUGACAGAAGAAUAGAAUUGAGAGAAGAGACUACAACAAUGCAAUUCUGUAAUAUUGUUUCUUUAUUCUCUAGAUUUGUAUAUGUAUUAUCUUUUGGAGACUUGUUCAGAAAAUUACAGUUAGCAUUAUUAGAUUAUAUGGAAAUGUUAUUAGAAACAGCUUCUCCAGAGGAAAUUGAAACUUUCACAGAACAAAUAAUUGUUCAUGGGAAACAUAUAUAUAGAAACUGUAAAGAGGAAAUGGAUAAAUUAAUGGUUAUAUCAAGGCAAAUAUUAAUCGAAAAAGAUUUGCCUCUUGUAUCUCGUCAAAUGUUAUUAUACGCGAUAGACUUGGUCAAUCACAACUUUGAACCACUUCCUAAGAAUUUACAAGAAUUUUAUGAACUACGACUAGACAAAAAUUUUAUACAAAAUAGUAUACCUGUUUUAUGCCUUGGUAAUGACAAGUAAUAUUUAACACAAAGAUAGUAAAAAAUAUACUUAAAUGACCUGAAAGGAAAAUUUUGUGUAGUUGUAUUUGAUACAAAUUGAACUGCGUAGAGGAAGUUUAAGAGAAAUUCGAGGUUCGAAUGCGGAAGAUCUUGAUCGGAAUAGAAUACUCAAUAUGAGAUACGGUUUUAAAUGAAGGAAUUAUACAAAAUUCCAUUUUAAAUUUACAAGGCACGAUACAGUGAAUUAUAAUACAUUUACCAAAACAAAUAACAGUUACACAAGUAUUUAAAUAUAAUGACAGUUUACACACAACAAAAAUAAGAAAAUAAAGUAGAUUUAGCUAUUAAAUAUUAAUAGACUCUUCUUUAUUAUCAAACUUCACACAACCUCAUUUUAUAUGUCAAUAAUUGUAUAAG